CAUACAGUCAAUAAUACAGUAGAAAAAUGAGUAUAUAUACAAUGUGAGCAAAUGAGGUGAGAUAAGUAAGGUAAAAUGCAAUAAAAAGGCCACGGUAAAUGUGUAUGUGCACUACAUCAUCACGCAUAUACUUUUAUUCCAAACAAAAUAUACUUGAUGGAAACACAAUUGUGGUAGGAAUAUAGCAUUUUGUUUGUAUGCGAAUUUUUGCAUAUUCGCGUGACAAGACGUCCCCAAUUGGAUGGAAAUGUAGCUCGUGAUACGCGCUGCAUGUUGCUUGGUAACCAAAUGGCGUUUGCUCAAACAGCUGAAAUCCCGAACAUACAAACCCUGCGUUUAGGGCAUGUUUUUCAAAUAUAUGUAACGAAAACAAAUGAUGACAUGGAUUAACUAACUUGUUAUCUAUAUCUUUCAAAGGUUCAAGCUUUCUGUUUUGAACAGACAUAUUUAGGGCACAGGUCCAGUUCAUAAGCAUGGAGAAGAACAAUUACGCAAUAGAAAGUGCCCCUUCGUCCCCCCCUGUGGAGGAGAUGAUGGAGCUGGACGGCAGGCAGCAGAGAGUCUACCACAGGGCUGCCAGGAUGAUACAGAGGACAUGGAGGAGACAUGUGGAUACACGCGUGUUCCAGUACUUCAAGAACCUUGUGAGGUUCCGUAACCAGGGAGACCCUCGACUCCUGCUAAAAAAUGUCAACCCCAGAGAGGCAAAUAUUCUGGAUGCUGCUGCAGGAGUCCACAUCAGAUUCAGACUGGGAGGGACCACCUUUCCACCGAGCAUCUACUAUAAAAUCUACACCCAUCGACCCAUCGUGGACAUGUGUGCCAACAGCCCCAAGGACUACACCCACCCUAGACAGAAGAGGUCCGUCCCCAGGCAGAUACACAACGGGAGGACCCAGGUGCAGGACGACCAUGCUGGCUGGUACCACCGCGUGGAGAACAACGGCUGGAGACUGCUCUCUGGGAAGGCUGCUCUGUUAGGUGACAUCAUCACGUUGGAGACCAAUGGCAGGAAGGUGGAGUUUCACCAUUCCAAACUGCAGCGUCGUCAGGACGUGGACAGGAGGAAGAAGAGGAGGAAGAUUGAAUGGUUGAAGCAGAUGUAUGACCGUGGCUGUCUGCAUGCACGUACAGAGCAUAGUGAGACAGCCAUGCUGGUGGAGCGGUCAGCCCAGGGCAUGAUGGAUGCCGUGGAGCAGCUGGGACCCAACCACAUCGUAGAGUGGGAAGUUGAUGAACUACUGGAGUGGACCAACGCUCUCAACUUUGAUGAGUAUAUUAAUGACUGGGGGGUUGUGGGUACCAGUAAUUCCUCUGAGUCUUGGAAAGACAAGAGGCUGGUUCCUUCCAACCUGGAGCCUUGUGUUGAGUUCUCAGGGCUGGGGCAGGAGGACAGCCAGGUGGAUACCUACAGCAGUGUCCUCCACCCCCUGGUCUCCAGCCUCAUCAAGUCAGAACACUCCAAGGCCAAUCUCUUUGACUGACUGACUGACUGGCUGGCAUUGUGUUGCUGACCAGACCAGUAAAUUGCAAUUAGCAACCAUCAGACACUACUACUAUGACACUAUACAGUGAGAUUAAAUUAAAUGUGAUGAGAUGUAACUAUGAUAAUACAUUAAAGGUUGUUGUUGCUAA